AUGGACCACGAGCAUUCCGCCCCUUUACUGGAUGAAGACAGGACCAGCCAGGACAUCGAACUAGCACAACUAGACGGCCCUUCAGAUCGUUUGAUUCACGAAGAGCCGCACCCUGAUGCACCUAUCCCAGCUGUACCCAAAAACAAGGCUUCCUACAUAGCAAUUGCAGCAGCUUUGGUAGUGACAGUGGUCGGAUUUGUGGUGAACACAGAAGCCACCGCCUACUUCGAGGACGUGCUGGGCUGGAAGAAGCCUUUCUGUACCAUGUGGCUCACCCACAGCUCACUGUCCAUCCCCUGGAUCUGCCAUCUGGCAUGGUCACGCUACCGGGACCGCAAGAUGCCCUACAAAGCAUGGGUGCGGGAGUACAACAACCAAAUCCGCGAGACCGUCUCUUCUGUCGAUGCCUACGCGACUAGCGGAUCGAAGUACAUCAUUAAGCGGAAAGGGAAUGUUGGAGGUCCGCUUGAUUUUCUGGCAUCUACUAUGGCUAUCGUUACUGUCGUCCUUACGGCCAGUGGUCUGUCGUGGUUCAUGGCACUGGCUCUCACUACACCUGCAGACCUCACGGCCAUCUACAACUGCUCGACAUUCUUUGCGGCCGCUUUCUCAGUCCCAUUGCUGAAGGAAAGGUUGGGCUGGCUGGCGAUCGCGGCAGUGGCGCUUUCUAUUACUGGAACCUUCAUCAUCGCCUACGGCGAUUCUACCUCUGAGCACGAAGACGACGCUAUUGGAGGAUCGCGGCUGCUUGGGAAUCUGAUAGCGAGCAUCGGCGCCGUGGCGUUUGGCUUGUAUGAAGUGCUGUUCAAGAAGUGGGCGUGCUCGUCGAAGCCCAUGCCACCGGCGGCGAGUUUGCCGCUUACUUUUGCUGCGUCCGCAUUGACGGGAAUCUACACUUUUUCCACCCUUUGGUUAGGCCUGGUUGUGUUGCAUUUUUCCGGUGUGGAAACGUUUGAGGUACCCAGCGCUAUCGAUCAAUAUGUUGAUAGUGCUGGUGGUGUGGACGGAUCCUGUGUUUGGAAGCAUGGCGAGCGUAUAAAGGCUAACAGCAGCAGAUUGAGCGUAUUCUUCGUUGCGCUUGCGGAUUGGAUCGUGUUUGGAUUGACGCCAUCUAUUGCUACUUACGUCGGCGGCGGCUUGAUUAUGGUGGCAUUUGUGCUGUUAACGAAGCAUACCCUUGGAGAGUCGAAGCAUUAG